CGUCUUAACUCCCUAAAAAGUCUUCUCUCUCUCCGAUGCUUAGAUAUUUUUCGAGGUUUUCGCGGUUGUGAGAGAAAGUUGGAUUUCUAAUUAGAGGCGUUUCUGCUUUCUUACUCUGUUUCUUUCUCACUCUAAUUUCAGCGGGCUUUUCAGAUAUUUGUUUUUAACCCUCCAAGGAUGAGCGUGUUUGAGAAUGGGUGAGGUGGUUGUGAGCAGUGGAGGUGGGAUGCAGGUGGGGACGGAGGAGGAGGCAGAGAAGAAGAGAAAGAAGAAUCAAACAGAGAAUGAGGAUGGCUCAGCAGAGGUGGUCCUUUGGAAGAAGUUUCUUCCAGGAAUGGUGCUUAGAGUUCUACUGGUUGAGGCCGAUGAUUCCACGCGCCAGAUUAUCGCUGCACUUCUUCGGAAAUGCAGUUACAGAGUUGCUGCUGUUCCUGAUGGACUAAUGGCGUGGGAGACCUUAAAGGGUAGACCCCAUAACAUAGAUCUCAUAUUAACAGAAGUAGAGUUGCCUUCAAUAUCAGGAUAUGCGCUGCUUACUUUGGUCAUGGAGCAUGACAUCUGCAAAAACAUUCCUGUCAUAAUGAUGUCGUCACAUGAUUCAAUUAGCAUGGUUUUGAAGUGCAUGUUAAAAGGUGCGGCUGACUUUCUCAUUAAGCCUGUUAGGAGAAAUGAACUGAGGAACCUGUGGCAACAUGUUUGGAGAAGGCAGACACUAACAGCUGGACAUAUUUCUCAAAAUUCACCUGAUGCACAGCAUAAAAUUGAAGCCGCCUCUGAAAACAAUUCGACAAGUGAUCACUCAAGUGAUUGUGCAACUUCUUCACAUAAAAGAAAGGAAAGCAGCGAGAAAGGGUGUGAUGCCCAAGGUCUUUCACAGCUGAUGCACAGAAGGGACUCAAAUCUGAGCAAUAUGGAGAAAGAGAAGUACAAAGACUGUGUCAUAUUGGACAGAAGGGCAGUCAUCCCUGAGAGUAAAACUGGAGGUUGGUCAACCCAGUUGGGCUUGAUGAAUAUAUCUUGCAAUGAAGCUUACAAUCCAAAUGCUCAGAAACUGGGAGAGCAUGCUGCUUGUGCUAAGACAAUAAUUCAAGAUGAAAGUGUGAGACCAGAAAAUGAUAGGAAAAAUAUUAAUACCUCUCAGGGCCACAAUGAUGAACUUGUUGAAUCUUUUACCGGAGCUAUUGAUUUGAUUGGUUCUUUUGAUAGUGGCCCAAAGUGCAUAUAUGGACAGAGUAUAAAUGACAGCACAAACAAGUUUGAGUUCACUCCACAGCUGGAACUUUCUCUAAGAAGAUUUUUUCCCAACAGUUCAAAGAAUCAAGGGGUUGAGGAAAAGCAUUUGCUGAACCAUUCUAAUGCCUCAGCCUUUUCAUGGUAUAAUAGUAAGAUGUUGCAACCUCUUUUUCCAACAUCAACCAGUAAUUGUACGGAGUUCAAAGAAGAUGCUAGUAAGUCUUCAGAGCUUCCAUCCAAUCAACUCUCUCAAAAUAUUAGUGGUGUUUCUCAAAGGCAUGGGGGCAAUCUGAAUAGUAGUCAAGAAAUUAUGACCACUCUGGUCAUUGGUCAAUCUGGGAAAGCUGAACUAGCAUACUCAAAUCCUCAACAGCUGAUCCCUAUCCCUGGGGCAAGGCUUGGUGAACUCUGCACUGGGUAUGGCCAUAUGAAUCCUCCUGUAUACUAUAGACAAAAUGGUUUACCCCCCGCUUGGAAUACCAAACUAGCCAGCCAAAGAGAAGAGUCUCCAUUUAGUACCUCAAUUCAUUCAAAUCCUGAAAUUCUGGAUUUUGAACAGAACAAUAGACAAUCGGAUGAGACUACCAUCAAUUCCGUGGACCAAAACACGCAUCAUCAGAAUACUACUGAACUUGUGGAGGAACUGAGACACGGUUCACCAGCUGCUGGUCACAGUACUAGUAGUAGCAUGUGUAAUAGCAUUGCAGAUCACAACAACAGCAGUGCAUAUGGAAGCUUUUGCAGUAGAAAUGAUGGAAAUGCUACUGUGGUGGUGGCAUCUGAGAAGGCUAUGGUUCCGGAGAGCUUGAAUGAUGGAGGUCACUCUCUUCAUGAUAGAUUCAGAGGGAUGGACUCUCAUCGUUCCAGCCAAAGAGAAGCGGCUCUGAUAAAGUUCCGAUUGAAGCGGAAAGAUCGAUGCUAUGAGAAAAAGGUUCGAUACCAAAGCCGGAAAAGACUAGCAGAGCAGCGCCCUCGAGUAAAAGGGCAGUUUGUUCGUCAAGCACAAAAUGAUGCCCCAAUUGCUGAUGCUAAUAAUUGAUUAUAUUCAUCAUUGCUCAAGAUAUAUGUCGUCAAUCGGUUGCCUGAAUUGGAAAUGACCCAACCAGGAUGAAGUGUUUGCCAAAUACUUGUGUUGGUAGUAUCUAUUGGCUGCAUGGUGUAAUUUCUGGAAAUACCAAAAAAGGUAGUCUUGUAAUGGUCUAGUGAGGUUGUCGGAGUUCUCCAGAAAUAUGGAUAGUUUGUUUGACUGACUCUUGGUGUUUAGGAAGGUUUGAUGAUAUUUGAUAUUUUGCAUUGAUAAGUUUUCGAUUUUCA